UGCUGUCUCUCUCUCCAGACGCAAGGCCACUGCUGCCAUGCCGACCACCAACCAGGGCUGGCCCGAGGACUUCGGCUUCCGUCUGGGCGGCUCCGGCCCCUGCUUCGUCCUGGAAGUGGCUGAAGGGAGCAGCGCGCACGCUGGGGGACUGCGGCCUGGAGACCAGAUCCUGGAGGUGGAGGGGCUGGCCGUGGGCGGCCUGAGCCGCGAGCGCCUGGUGCGCCUGGCCCGGCACUGCCCGCGCGUGCCGCCCAGCCUCGGGGUGCUCCCGGGCCCUGACCACGGCGCCGGCGCCGGAGCCAGCUCCGCGCCACCGACCACAUCCCUGCGACCUGCGCGCCCGGGCCGCGGCCUCUUGCUGGGCCGCGAGCUGCUGCGCCUGGGGGGUCGCAAGCGCCCCGACGCCGUGCACCGAGAACGCAGGCGCAAGGCCCAGGAGUUCAGCCGCAAGGUGGACGACAUCCUGGGGGACCAGCCGGCUGCCAAGGAGCAGGUGUCUGCCGCCCUGAAGCAGUUCGCGGCCGAGCAGCGGGUGGACGAGCUGGUGCGGGCACUGUCCCUGGCCCUGCCCCGAGAGGCCCGGGGGCCACUCCUGGACAGCCUCAGGAUCUUCAUCCCCAAGAAGCAUCGUGCGCGCUUCGACGAGGUGGUGUCGCAGGGUCUGCUGGGCAAGCUGUGCCGUGCCCGGCGGGCGCAGAGCGCCCAGCGGCUGCGCCGGAGCCGCAGCGAGGAGCGGCCGGAGCGCCUCCUGGUGUCCACGCGCGCCAGCGCCGCCCCGCGCCGCCCGGACGAACCACCUCCGCGCAAGACCCCCUCGCUGCUGGGCUGCCACGCUGGCCCGGGGGGCGCGCGCAGGACAGUCCGAAUUUACAAGGGCAACAAGAGCUUCGGCUUCACACUGCGAGGCCACGGGCCUGUUUGGAUCGAGUCUGUCCUGCCUGGGAGCCCAGCCGACAGCGCUUCCCUCAGGUCCGGUGACCGGAUCCUCUUCCUCAAUGGACUGGACAUGAGGAACUGCUCCCACGACAAGGUGGUGUCCAUGCUGCAGGGCAGCGGUGCAAUGCCCACGCUGGUGGUGGAGGAGGGGCCUGUCCCAUUCGCCAGUGACUCCGAUUCCUUGGAUUCCCCCAACCCGUCCUCGGCGCUCACCUCCCUGCAGUGGGUGGCGGAGAUCCUGCCGUCCAGCAUCCGCGUGCAGGGGAGGACCUUCAGCCAGCAGCUGGAGCACCUGCUCACGCCUCCCGAGCGCUACGGGGUCUGCCGGGCCCUCGAGAGCUUCUUCCAGCACAGGAACAUCGACACGCUCAUUGUGGACGUCUACCCCGUGCUGGACACGCCUGCCAAGCAGGUGCUGUGGCAGUUCGUCUACCAGCUGCUGACGUAUGAGGAGCAGGAGCUCUGCCAGGAGAAAAUCGCCUGCUUCCUGGGCUACACAGCCGUGGCGGAGCCAGAACCGUCGCUGGACCUGGAGCCAGAGCCGUCACCGGAGCCAUCGCCGGUGCCCGAGCCCCAGCGGCGGAGCUCCCUGAGGGCCUCCUCCGUGUGCCGCCGCAGCCUGCGGUCCCAGGGCCUGGAGGCCGGCCUCAGCUGCGGCCCCAGCGACUUCCCCGAGAUGCCUCUUCCCCUGGUCCCGGGCGAGCGCCAGGCCGGCGACGGCACGUCCCUCCCGGAGACCCCCAACCCCAAGAUGAUGUCGGCCGUCUACGCGGAGCUGGAGUCCAGACUGAGCAGCAGCUUCAAAGGGAAGAUGGGGACCACGUCCAGAUCCCGCGCCUCCCCGCCCGUGCCCAGCCCGGCAGGCACAGCAGGGCCCAGGACCCUGUCCGGCGUCUCCUGGCCCAGCGAGCAGCUCCUGCCUUCUCCCUGCUACUACCCACUGUGCUCGGGGGGCCCGGUCUCCCCCAGCAGCUCCGAGUCUCACCCCUACGCCAGCCUGGACAGCAGCAGGGCGCCCUCCCCGCAGCCAGGCCCCGGGCCCAUCCACUCUGACAGCCCCCCCAGCCCGGACCUGGCCCGCCAGCCCAGCCGCAGGAAGCUCUUCGCCUUCUCCCGGCCUGUGCGCAGCCGGGACGCGGACACCGACCGCUUCCUGGAUGCCCUGAGCGAGCAGCUGGGCCCCCGGGUGCCCAUGGGGGACGACUUCCUGAGCCCGGAGAACGACUACGAGGAGAUGAGCUUCCACGACGACGACCAGGGCAGCUUCGUGACCAACGAGCGCAGCAGCGCGAGCGAGUGCGUCAGCAGCAGCGAGGAGGGCAGCUCCCUGACCUACUCCUCCGGCUCUGACCCCAUCCCCCCGCCCCCGCUCAGCCCCCCGCCGCCGCCGCCCCUGCCCUUCCAUGACCCCAAGCCCGUCUCCCGCACCCCGGACGGUCCCCGGGGCCCCGCGCAGACUCUGGCCAAGCCCCUUACCCAGCUGAGCCACCCAGUCCCUCCCCCGCCCCCGCCCCCCUUGCCCCCACCCGUGCCCUGUGCACCCCCCAUGCUGUCCCGGGGCCUGGGUCACCGCCGCAGCGAGACCAGCCACAUGAGCGUCAAGCGCCUGCGGUGGGAGCAGGUGGAGAACUCGGAAGGCACCAUCUGGGGUCAGCUCGGGGAAGACUCUGACUACGACAAGCUGAGUGACAUGGUGAAAUACCUCGACCUGGAGCUGCACUUCGGCACCCAGAAAACUGCGAAGCCAGUGCCCGGGCCUGAGCCCUUCAGGAAGAAGGAGGUGGUGGAGAUCCUGUCCCACAAGAAGGCCUACAACACCUCCAUCCUGCUGGCGCACUUGAAGCUGAGCCCCGCGGAGCUGCGGCAGGUGCUCAUGAGCAUGGAGCCCGGGCGCCUGGAACCCGCGCACCUGGCGCAGCUGCUGCUCUUCGCGCCGGACGCCGACGAGGAGCUGCGCUACCAGGCCUUCCGCGAGGCGCCCGGCCGCCUGAGCGAGCCCGACCAGUUCGUCCUGCAGAUGCUCUCCGUUCCCGAGUACAAAACCCGCCUGCGCAGCCUCCACUUCCAGGCCACCCUGCAGGAGAAGACAGAAGAGAUCCGGGGCAGCCUGGAGUGCUUGCGCCAGGCCUCCCUGGAGCUCAAGAACAGCCGGAAGCUGGCCAAGAUCCUGGAGUUUGUGUUGGCCAUGGGCAACUAUCUCAACGAUGGACAGCCCAAGACCAACAAGACCACAGGCUUCAAAAUCAACUUCCUGACGGAGCUGAACUCCACCAAGACGGUGGACGGGAAGUCCACCUUCCUGCACAUCCUUGCCAAAUCGCUGAGCCAGCACUUCCCCGAACUGCUGGGCUUCACGCAGGACCUGCCCACUGUGCCCCUGGCUGCCAAAGUGAACCAACGGGCCCUGACCAGUGACCUGGAUGACCUCCACUGCACCAUCAAUGAGAUACAGGCCGCCUGCCAGAGCAUGUCCCCCUGCAGCGAGGACAAGUUUGCCAUGGUCAUGACGUCGUUCCUGGAGACCGCCCAGCCGGUGCUGCGGGCGCUGGACGGGCUGCAGCGGGAGGCCAUGGAGGAGCUGAGCAAGGCGCUGGCCUUCUUCGGGGAGGACUCCAAAGCCACCACCUCUGAGGCCUUCUUCGGCAUCUUCGCGGAGUUCAUGAGCAAGUUUGAGCGGGCACUCAGCGACCUGCACGCCGGGGAGGGUGCACGCAGCUCCGGGAUGGCCUCGCCCCUGGCCUGGUGACAGCGGCUGCCCUACGACCCCUUCAGCCCGGUCAUGGAGAGGGAUACCAGAGGCUGUGCCCGAGUGGGCUGCCUGCAUGCCACCAAGGUUUGGGCCGCGCCUGCCCCUCCCACGCCUCCUACCUGGGACCUCGGGCUGUUGUGCCUGUGUCUCCAGCUACCUCAGCCUUUGAACUUCAGCCACUGUGAGGGCACUGGGGUCGGUUGGACCCCCACCUCCCAGCCGACCCCCGGCCCUGAGCGCUGAGAGCACGGGGCAGGAGUGGGUGUGGACUCCCAGGGGAAGUGAACCGCGUCUGCCCACGGGCGCUGGUGUGUUCCCCCCGGAAGGACCAUCCACUGCUCCCGGCUGGGCUGCACCCCACGUGCCCCUGGCUUCCUGCUCGUUGCCAUGCCUGACUCCCAGGCAUGCCAGCCAGGGCAGCCAGCCCCCAGGUCACGGGGGACCCAGGGAGGGGAGAGGGACUGCAACCGGCAGGUGAACUGAGACGUGGCCACGGCCCUGGGGCAGCGCCUGCUGUCUGCUCCUUUAUGGCGUGGCCAGAGCGCGCCAGGUUCUGAGGAAGAAUGUCCGAACAAGAGUGGGCCCCGGGGGACACGCUCAUGGGGCUCAGACCUCGAGGACCCUGCACCCUGGAGAAAGAGGCAGAGUUGCUGGACGCACCACCCCACGGUGCAUUAUGAGGCCUGGGGGUCCUUCACCCAGCUGGGGCCCCCUGGGGCCACUCAGAAGGCAGCAGGGACACAGGAAGGAGAGCCACAAAUCCGCACCUAGGCUGUGGCUUGGGAGCUGGAAGCAACUGCAGCGGCUGCUGCCCAGAAGCGGGGCAGGUGGGCUGGCACUGGGGGAAAGCAGGGGAGAGAAACAGCGGAGGACUGGAGGAGCAAGACCCUCUGUCAGGCCGCAGAACUGAGGUUUUUAUCCAGUGGACUAGCUUCGCUCCCACCUGGAAGUGGCCACUUGGAAGUGGGGAGUCUGGGAGUGAGGUGGGGGUCCUCAGGGUGGGGCUGGGAGGACGGAGAGAUGCUAGGUGGUGAAUGGACCGUGAGUGGGAUGGGUGGAGCGGCGGUCCCUGGAACAGGUCCCGUUGAGUAAAGCUUAGGGGCACAUGACAGGAUCUAGGACAUAUUGGGAAACCCCAGAGGCCGUUCCGGUGCACCGGGGCACGUGUGCAUCCGGAGCCCCUGGGGGGGACAGGGGACAGAGGGGAGAGUGACCUGGACAUGGGGGGUGGGGAGGGGGCGGGAGAAGCUGUGGGCGGGGAAGGCGUGUUGACUUCUUUCAUCCUUUCCAGCCUCCAGCUGGCAACUCCUGGCAUCAGGCAGUUUCUUGUUGCUUUGUUACCUCUCCCCUCACCUUUCUUCCGGGGAAUUCUGAGCGGGGCUCUAAGCCCGUCUGUCGGAUUCCUUCCCUCCCACUGGGUUCACACGGCCCAUGUUUCUCCUGUUCUUGCCAGUCCCUCACAAGGCCCUCUUUGAGGCCAUGUUUUUUUGGUGUUUUUUGUUUUUGUUUUAUUUUGUUUUGGUUCUCCACUCAUGGCCACCAUAUAGCAAUGCCUAAACCAAAACGCAUAAUCCCAGGGUGGGGAAGGACAUACCCAGACGUGGCCAGUGGCGUACGUUUCUGCCCAGCAGCUCGGGCUGGAUAACGUCCACUCGUUUCCACAGCUGUGUGUCUGAGGAACGUGUGAUCGCCGGAGGUGACAGGCUCCACCAGGCUGUGAGCAGGUGUGACCCCGCAGCCCGGGUGCCCCGAGUGGCGUUUUCCUGCAAAUCAGAAACACCUGGUAGAUCCAUCCGGCCCCGUGCCCGGGAGCACGGGUCGGCAAGCUGGGCACUAGCUAGAUUCUUUCCCCUAACAUGCCUUCUGUUGGUUACCCAUUUGCUGCACAAUGCCAUGGAACAAACUCUCCCAAAACUCAGUUGCUUACAACGGCAGCCACUUACUGCUCGUGAGUCUGUGGGCCCCGAGGCAGUUUUGCUCUGACCUGGGCCCGGUGCACUCGCUUGAGCGUCUACAGCCCGUGGGAGUCAGCGAGGCUGCAUUGCUCACCAUGCAGGGCUGUCUCCUGAGCCUGGGGUCUUGGCUGGGGCAGCUGGGAUGGUUUCACGUGGCCUCCCAUCCUCGGGCCCAGCUCUGGGAUGGUUCGCUGCAAAGGCGCGGAGGAGCCCGUGUGGCCUAAGGGCGGAAUUGGCAAACCGUCCCUUCCAUCCCGGUCUGUGGUCACAGCAAGUGACAAAACCAGCCCGGGAUCCAGGGGAAGGGACAUACACUCCACUCUCGAGGAGAGAUGCUGCAAAAUCACGCCGCAGAGGAUCCGGGGGUGGGUGAGAAUCAGGGCCGUUUUUGCAAUUAAUGUACCACAUGCCCCCUCGGCCAGGCACCAGGUACAGACCCCAGCCUCCUUAAACUCCCCCGUGUCCCUAGUCCUGCCUGGACCCAGCGUGGCUCUGGCUACCCAUACUCCUGUUUCCUCCAGCUGGCAUGCUUCUCGCUCUCUCUUACCUGGUCACCCACGAGUCAGCUGACCCCUCUCCAGGUACACUUAGUCCAGUGGGCAGCCCUGGCCUGUGCCUGGUGAGAAACCAGUGGCCCUUCUGCUGGUUUCCCUCUGGGAAAUUAUCCCUGCCCUAUUUCCACACCCUGGAGUGGUACCUACCGGAUAAGGAUGGUCUUGUGAUUCUGGCUGGGUGGCUCAGGGUCAUUGCAGGACUCAAGUUAGAACUGUUUGGAAAGGGAGGCUUCCUCUCUUUUGGAUGAAUUGCUGGGCAUAUAGAGGUUAGAAUGCUGGCGGGAGCUGCCCAGACCACCCCCGAGGGCGUGCCUGCCUGGGUGUAAAGCCAAUACAGGAGGGCAGAACAGAUAUUGCUCCGUGCACCCCUUUGUCCCUGGAUCCAACCUUACCUGAAGCAGGUCUCUGGACUUAUCCGUUUCCAAGCCAGUUUUUAAAUUUUAUUAUUACUUUUUUUUUUUUCUGCUUUGGCUGGUUUGAAUGGGUUUCUGUCUCUUGCAACACUAAGAGGGUUGAGUAACACACCCAUCAACAAAUGGUUAUAGACAUUCAGUCUUCUAACUUUCUCAGUGAACUCUCUUCAUUCAUAAAUGCAUUCGCCAAUACCCUUUGACUGCCUCCUCUGUGCCAGGAAUAGUGCUGGGUGCAAACAUCUUAGGGGUCAGCCUCUCUGUGUCUGAUUUCCUAGGAGGUUGCAUGUCAUGGGUUUCACAGCUGAGUCGGUGCAAAGCCCUGAAUGUGAGUGUGUGCACCCCACCCACCACCGCCUCCCCGCUGUCUCCCAGGAAUGCUAACACAAUGCCACAGCCUGGUUACACACCGCCUUUCCCGGUAACGUCAGUCCAUGGUUGCGACGUAGUGUGCUCAAGGUUGUCACACAUUUCGUGUCACUGUACUUCCACGACGCCCCUCCCCCCCGGGUUUUGUUAUCUCCUUUUUACAAAUAA